GCUAGUCCACUGUUACCGACGCCCAUGCUUUCUACUGCACCUUUAAUAUGAGCUGAUUCAAAGGAUUUAUUGGGCUCAGAAUGAAAAGGAACGGCGUUUAUAAGUUUUUGUCCGUUUUUUCCUGUCUAAUCGUCUGUGUUUUCUUGCUGUUUUGGAUUUUUGCCUUUUAUUCGAUGGUUCUGGCACCGUAACAGAUGUCUACGUUCUCCAUGCUUUAGUUUUCAUUAACACAGCGAAAGCCGAUUUGACAAGCAUAAGUUUCUAAUCUGUUCAUGCCACAGGUUAACGUUAUUUAGCAACAUCGCUCAUAUAUUGCAAUCUAAUAAAAAAAAAUAUUUUGCAGGAUAAUAUGACCGUGUGACGCUUUAAAACAUUUAACAGGAUGGAAACAUAUUUGCUAACACUGUUGUUCUUCAGUUGGACACUUUACAGCUCCUUAUAACUUUGUUAAAGGUGUCACAAUUUGGAAGAGGGGUUUUCUAUUAGUUGUACAUGCGAUAAGUGCAUCACGUCUAAUAUCACUAUAUUUUUUUAAAUAUUAAAUUAAUUAUAAUAAGUCAUAUGAGAAGCGACGCUGAGGCGAUACCAAAACAAACCGACUGCGCAUGCGUCUUGUGACGAUAGCCGUCACAUGACCUCAAACAGGAAGUGUAUAUCUGACAGUAAGCCCUGCUGAAGUGAGAAAAAGGAAGUAACCAACUUCCAUUUUAACAAAUCUUAAGAAUAUAACUGUCAAUCCUGAUGGCUGCCGAGUCAAUAGAGAGAGGCACAGCUGCCCCAAAGCUGCAGUUUGCACCUUUCUGCAGUGCUCUGGAGGCAGGAUUCUGGCAUCAGCUCACACAGAAGAAACUCAAUGACUACCGCUUAGAUGAAAGCCCCAAAAACAUCAAGGGCUAUUAUUAUAAUGGUGAUCCUGUUGGCUUGCCGACACGCUUGACCCUGGAGUUCAGUGCAUUUGAAGUUGAUGGACCCACACCUGCUCGCUGCUGUUCAGCCUCUGGAACUCUUUACAACACCAACACAUUAGAAGCUUUCAAAUCUACUGACAAGAAAGCUAUCCUAGAAAAAGCAGCCAAUGAGAUUUGGAAUGCUAUUCAAUCAGGGGCUGCGGUGGAAGACUCAUCAGUUCUAAACAAAUUCAUUCUCUUGACAUUUGCGGAUCUGAAGAAAUACCAUUUCUAUUAUUGGUUCUGUUUUCCUGCCCUUUGCUUUUUGGAAGGAGUCCAACUCGUUCAGGAGCCGAUGUCAUUAGAGCAGAGAUUCUCUGUCAAACAGAUCUCCAGCUUGCAAAUAGCAUAUGAUAAUCUUUGCUCCUCGACUGGGAUGACAGCAGUCCCACAUUUUCUGCUCAAGUACACAGAUGAAAGUGUUGAAGUCGCUGCUCUAAAAGACUUGAACUCCUUCACAGACCUAACAAAGAUUACUGUGGGUGUGUAUGACCCCUGCACGCUGCCUCAACAUCCUGGAUGGCCCCUCAGAAACCUCCUCAUCCUACUCGCAAAAAAAUGGGGUUCACAGCUGGAUGUUCUGGAGGUUCUGUGCUUCAGAGACAGAACUCUACAAGGAAGCCGCUCCAUUCAGCACAGCAUCAUCUUUCGGGUCAAGCUUCCAGACCUGUCGGCUUGUGCAGUAUGCCCAAAAAGUGUAGGUUGGGAGAAGAACACUAAAGGUGCAAUGGGACCUAGAAGUGUCAAUCUCAGUGAAUGUAUGGACCCUAAAAGGCUUGCUGAGUCGUCUGUCGAUCUGAACCUGAAGUUGAUGCGCUGGAGGUUGGUCCCGUCUCUGGAUCUGGAUAAGGUCGUGUCCACCAGGUGUUUGUUGCUGGGAGCUGGAACUCUGGGCUGCAACGUCGCAAGAACGCUCAUGGGCUGGGGUGUGAGACAGAUCACCUUUGUGGACAAUGCAAAAAUCUCAUACUCAAACCCAGUGCGGCAGCCGCUCUAUGAGUUUGAAGACUGUCUGAGUGGAGGGAAGUCAAAAGCUCUUGCUGCAGUGGACAGAUUGAAGAAGAUCUUUCCUGGUGUGAAUGCAGAGGGCUAUAACAUGAGCAUACCCAUGCCAGGCCACCCGGUGAACUUUUCAGAGGCAACAAUUGGCCAAGCUCGGCAGGAUGUGGAACAGCUGGAGAAGCUUAUCUCAGAAAAUGAUGUGGUCUUCCUGUUGAUGGACACUCGCGAGAGCCGCUGGCUUCCUACAGUCAUCGCUGCAAGCCAAAGAAAGUUGAUUGUUAAUGCUGCUCUUGGCUUCGACACAUUUGUGGUAAUGAGACACGGCCUCAAGAAACCCAAAGAGUCCCAAUGUGAAGACUCCAGUCCCAUGUCUGCUUCCUCCAACUCUUCCUCCUCCUCAACACCAGCAGCCACUACAACACCAGGAGCAUCUCUGUUCUCCAACAUACCAGGACACCGUCUUGGCUGCUACUUCUGUAACGAUGUGGUUGCGCCUGGAGAUUCUACCAGAGAUAGAACUCUGGACCAGCAGUGUACAGUGAGCCGUCCUGGCCUUGCUAUGAUCGCUGGAGCCCUGGCUGUUGAACUGAUGGUAUCUAUACUUCAACACCCAGAGGGAGGUUAUGCUGUGGCCAGUAGCAGUGAUGACCGCAUGAAUGAACCCCCCACAUCACUGGGUCUCGUUCCUCAUCAGAUUCGAGGAUUCCUGUCGAGAUUUGACAAUGUUCUUCCCGCAAGUUUGGCGUUUGACAAAUGCACUGCGUGUUCAGCAAUAGUUCUUGACAAUUAUGAGCGAGAAGGGUUCCAGUUUCUAGCAAAGGUCUUCAACUCAUCCCAUUCCUUCCUGGAGGAUCUGACCGGUUUGACUUUACUGCAUCAGGAGACACAGGCAGCCGAGAUCUGGGACAUGAGUGAUGAUGAAAGUAUCUGAAGGAUUUGCAACCAAAACUGCUGGAGACCGAAUGAAGUACCUUUAGUUGACCCUGGUUUAUACAUUUUUCUUUUUUUUUUUCUUUUUCUUUUCAUUAUUCACCUAUUGAAAUGUUGGUCUUAAAUGUUUAGGUUAAAUCAUGUACUAUCGGAGCAUGUCUGUGGAUUUUAGGUAGACAGCAUAUUUAAUUUGGACAAUUUUAUAGACAAUUCUUGUUGCUCUAAUGGCCAUUAAAACACUAUAUUAUGGGAUUGUUAAUGGCAGGGGUGUAAGACAUACCCUCCUGCAGAGUUCAGUGUCAAAGCAAACACCUGAACUGGAUACUCAUGUUCAGGGUCUCUAACCAAUGAUGAGCAGGUGUGUAAAAGUAAGGUCAAAAACUCAGAAGGUACCUUUGCAGGUGAAGUAUUUAGCAUCUCUGCUUUGUGGCAUGUCAUAUUGUCACCAAAUAUUGAGUUUGUACACUUUUCAGUUUGCUUUGUAAUUUGUAUGUCCUGUUACCUAAAUGAAAAUGUUGUCUUUGUUGAGAAGUACUGUUCUUCCAUGUUAUAAACUGCUUGUAUUUUUUUUCACAAAUUAUUAUCAUUGCACUAUAACACAAGUGUGAUUUGUCUGGUAAUGUGAGAUUCUUGUGUUUGGUCAUGUCUUAAUAAACUGAUUCAUUCUCAAAAA